ACUCAGCAUCACUUAUUUUAUGGGUUCAUGACAGGCACCUGAUCAGACACUCCAAAACCUCCUAUAUAAACUCUUCAUUCUGGUAAACACUGACAGGCCGGGUGUCUGACAUUAAGGAAACAUAUAUCCUAUGAACCAUCACAAGAUGAGGUUUUUGGUUGUUACUGCUGCUUUUCUGGCUGUUGCCAGUGCUGCCAGUCUUUCUCUAGAAGACAUGGAGUUUCACGCAUGGAAAAUGAAAUUUGGUAAAACCUACCUUUCUGUGAAGGAAGAGUCUCACCGAAAGCAGACCUGGUUGUCCAAUCGCAAACUGGUUUUGGUCCACAACAUGAUGGCAGAUCAGGGCAUCAAAUCCUACAGGCUUGGCAUGACAUACUUUGCUGACAUGUGUAUUGGGGAAUUGAGGAAUGUGGAGUUGUGUGGAUGCCUGGGCUCCAUGAAUAACACGAAGGCCCGUGGUGGUGCUACAUUCUUCCGGCUGAAGGAUGCCGUUGUGAUUCCCAGUUCCGUGGACUGGAGGGACAAGGGCUAUGUGACCGAUGUUAAAGAUCAGAAGAUUUGUGGAUCAUGCUGGGCCUUCAGUGCAACUGGUUCCCUGGAGGGUCAGACAUUCAAGAAGACAGGGAAACUGGUGUCCCUAAGUGAGCAGCAGCUGGUGGACUGCUCUGGUGCUUUUGGGAACAUGGGCUGUGCUGGUGGAUUGAUGGACCAGGCCUUCCGGUACAUUGAAGCCAAUGGGGGUCUGGAUACAGAGGAGUCCUACCCUUAUGAGGCCACUGAUGAUCAGUGCCGUUAUAACCCAAGCACUAUGGGUGCCACCUGCACAGGAUAUGUUGAUGUUGCCAGUGGGGAUGAAAGUGCACUACAGGAGGCUGUUGCCACAAUCGGCCCUGUAUCUGUUGCCAUCGAUGCUGGGCACAGCAGCUUUCAGCUAUAUGAAUCAGGUAUCUACGAUGAGCCUGGAUGCAGCAGCUCUGACUUAGAUCAUGGCGUCCUGGCUGUUGGAUAUGGAAGUUUGAGUGGAGAGGACUAUUGGAUCGUCAAGAACAGCUGGGGUCUGGGAUGGGGUGAAAAUGGCUACAUCCUGAUGUCCAGGAACAAGAACAACCAAUGUGGCAUCGCUACUGCAGCCAGUUACCCUCUGGUCUAAUGGGAAAGGUCAACGUGGACCUCCGUGGUUGGGAGAAAGAAAAUGUGGACCGUUUGAAUGAUUCUACAUUAAUACCUCAUAAUCUUACUCUUGUUUUAAUUCAAAUUUAAAUCAUUUUAAUAAACUGACCUCAGCUCUUGUUUUUAGUUUCAAAUCCCCUGACAACAAAAACAUGUUACUGUGAAAUAUGGAAUAAAAAUGUUAAACAUUUUAUCGUCAAACCUAAAAA